AUGGAAAGUGUCUCGACAAUGAGCGAAAAUAACAAUUCUAGUUCUUCAAAAUCUUCGACUGGAAAUAAAUCAUCAAAGUACGAAGGAGCUUAUCAAGUCGACGUAUCAGAAACUGGGUUCGAUCUCGAAACAAUUACAUUAUCAUACACUGGAUUACUUCGAAUUUUUCGUCUAUUAUACGUUGCAGAACAUUGUCCAGCGUUACGUAGUGAGGCCUUAUUAACAAGUUUACAUUAUUUGAAAGAAACAUCCGCUACUAAUGUAUACAAACAAGUUCUGCAAGAAAUCAAGAAGGAAAAUAUUGAAUUGCCAGCUGAUUUUGAUGAAUCAUGGUUGGAACGAACUCAGCGUGGCUAUGUUCAAAAACUAGAAAAACUCGAUACAGAUCUACGAAAUUUUCGUACUAAUUCAAUCAAAGAUUCCAUCCGUCGUGGUAAUGACGAUCUUGGUGAUCAUUAUCUCGGAGCGGGAGACUUUCAUAGUGCUGUACGUUGUUAUGUAAGUUCAAGAGAUUAUUGUGUUUCACCGCGACAUGUGAUUACAAUGUGUAUGAACGUGAUCAAAGCAUCGUUUUUCAUGCAAAACUGGACGAAUGUUCUAUCAUACGUUACUAAAGCUGAACAAGCUCUCGAAAGUUUAGAAACAACAACGAAAUCAGCUGCAGCGCCUUCGGCAACAACAUCAAGCAGUUCAUCAGCAGACCUAUCCGAAGCAGAAAUAGCAUCGCGCCUGAAAGUUUAUGCUGGUAUUGCUGAAUUGGCCACUGGAAGAUAUAAAUUAGCUGCCCGACACUUUCUAGCUGUUUCAUUUGAUCACUGUGCGAACAAAUUCCAAGAUCUUAUUUCACCCCAAACUCUGAUUCGAUACGUGUGUUUAUGUAGUUUAGCAACAUUAGAACGAUCGGAAGUUCAUCGUUUGAUUAUAAUGUCAUCCAACAUGAAACAAUACCUGGAAUUGGAACCGGCAAUUCGUGAUAUUAUCUUGGAUUUCUAUCAGACAUCGUAUUCAUCUGUGUUAACUAACAUGUCUCGACAAGAACCAGUCUUUGCGUUGGAUCAAUAUCUUGCCCGACAUUUAUCUUCGUUAUACGAUGAAAUUCGCCAUAGAAUUAUUAUCACCUAUUUUCUUCCAUAUAAAAAUGCUGAUAUGAACGCUAUGGCGAUGAAAUUGAACACCACGGUCAAUGUUCUCGAAGACGAACUUGUUCAUUUGAUUCGUUUGGAAAAGAUUAAAGCACGGAUUGAUUCGAAAAACAAGAUUCUCUACGUUGCCGAUACCGAUCAGCGUUGGCAUGCAUAUCAGCAUGCCUUAAAUGUGACUAAACGAUCAGAAAAGAUUACUGCUGCACUUUUACUUCGUUCGGCAAUAAUGAAAGCUAAUCUCGUCGUUCGAGAUGCAUCAGCAUCAACAGCCGGUCGCCCAUCAAAGAUGAAGGGUAAAUCGCGCGGACAUUUUGUCCCCGGUUACCCUAGUAAUAUGAUGAUCAUGGAUGACAAUGAGUUUUAUGAAGAUGAAACAAUGUGA